CACGAGAGAACAGAAUUUCGCACAACACUCUCCCCUGUGGACGCUGCAGUCACACACACACACACACACACAGUCAGACAGAGCUGCAGGGAGGACGAAUCUUUUACCGCACCGGGGCUUUGGUGAAAGGUUUGGGCAGCUGCUGAGACCCUGAAUGCAUCAUGGUCGUGUCGGUGCGAAGCUGGGUCGCCAACGAAGGAGGGAAGCACUUUGUCCUGGUGCUGUGGCUUGGAGCUAACACCUGGCUGUUCAUCAGUACCUUCCUGCUCUACUCCACUGGGCAGCAGUACCACUACCUCUACAAGAUGCUCGGGCUAGGGUUGUGCAUCAGCAGGGCGUCUGCAUCUGUGCUAAACCUGAACUGCAGCUUGGUGCUUUUGCCCAUGUGUCGCUCUCUGGUGACCUUUGUACGAGGAACACGUAUGAUAUCAAGCAGAAAGACACGCAGACUGCUGGACAAGUGCAAGACCUUUCAUGUGGCAUGUGGCGUUGCCAUCUGCAUCUUUUCUGUUGUGCACGUUUCAGCCCACCUGGUUAAUGUUGUCAGCUUCAGUGUGAGAUACUCAGAUGACUUUCCAGCUCUCAAUUUGGCUCGCUACAGAGGAGAGGACCCCAUGCUGAUUAUUCUGACCACAAUCCCAGGAGUCACUGGUUUGCUGUUGGUCCUCAUCCUCUUCCUGAUGUUUACAUCCUCCUCCUACUGUGUACGGGUGUUCAACUAUGAGAUCUUCUGGUACACACACAACCUCUUCAUUGUCUUCUACAUCAUCCUGAUGGUGCACAUGGUUGGUGGAGCUCUAAAGUAUCAAACCAACACAGAGGCACACCCCCCUGGCUGCCUCAGAGCCAAUCAGAGCAGCACCGAGCAGCAGGGUGAUGAUUCGGGCAAGAGUGAAGAAGAGGAGAGGAGAUGCAGAGAGGGCGCUCACUUCCAGCCACAUUGUCCCCAGACAUGGCUUUGGGUGUCUGGUCCUCUCUGUCUCUACUGUGUGGAGCGUCUCUACCGCUACAUCCAGAGCCGUGACCCUGUUACCAUAGUGACGGUCAUCAGGCACCCUUGUGAUGUCGUCGAGUUGCGCAUGCUGAAGAAGAGCUUCAAAGCUCGACCUGGACAAUAUAUUCUUCUUAACUGUCCAGGUGUCUCCUCGUUUGAGAACCAUCCCUUCACGCUCACAACAUGUCCCACAGAGAACAAGGAAACUUUUGGCAUCCAUCUGCGAGUCGUGGGAGACUGGACUGACCGGUUCACACAGCUAUUACUUCCUGAGCCAAGGAUAGACAUGGAGAUCCUUCCCAUGGCCCAACAGAGGAGAUACCCCAAAGUUUAUGUUGAUGGCCCAUUUGGAAGUCCAUCAGAGGAAGUAUUCAACUAUGAUGUCAGUCUUUGUGUUGCUGGUGGAAUAGGAGUCACACCGUUCGCCUGUGUGCUACGUGCUCUGCUUGAUGGCUGGAUGGGUUUCAGGUUGCAGAGGUUGUAUUUUGUGUGGGUCUGCAAGGAGCUCCAGUCCUUUUACUGGUUUGCGGAGCUGCUGUGCGCUCUGCAUCAGAAGCUUUGGAGGGAAAACAGGCCAGACUACUUUAAUCUGAAGUUGUAUAUCAGUCAGCCUGACAGCCUGCAGAGGAUGUCUGAGGAGAAGUAUCGCCCACUCACAUCGAGGAUGCUGGUUGGUCGGCCCAGAUGGAAGUUACUUUUUGAUGAGAUUGGAAAGUCCAACAAAGAUAAACGUGUUGGUGUUUUCUGUUGUGGACCAAAAGGCAUUUCCAGGACUCUCCAUAGACUGUGUAACUCACCCCGAUACUGUGGAACAACGUUUGAAUUCAACAAGGAGUCAUUCAGCUGAUUAAACAUCAGCGCUGCUUCUAUACUUUCAGGGCAUAUCAGUAGAAAUCAUCUACUUUGUGGCGGAUGGCUUCGCAUUCAGUCAUGGGAAAAAAGAUUUUAGUUGAAGUAAAGCUGUAAAUAUCUUUGGACAAUCAUGGUUGAUUUUCAUU